AUGGUAUCACUUAAAGUCGUCCACAUAGACCGUACCUCAGACUCUCUAGUCAGCUCUUCACUUCUUCCAGCUACAUCAAAGUCCAUAACCGCACCUUACCCAUUCUUUUCAAACAUCGACUCUCCUUCUCUAUUUAACUCAGUACUUAAGCUAUUCGGAUUCAAAACCACUAAUAAUUCACCACUGGGGUUUAUGCCUCGUCAGAUUCCAUGCACAACCCUAGUACCAGUUGACGUAGCGUGCUCGCCAAGUAUUCCUAUCAGCUCUAGUCACUUACAUUCACGUCUUGUACAAAUCCCUUAUUCACCGGAUGAUCUGGAUACCAACACAGACCAAGGCUCAGAACACUGCCAAUCAUCACUUCGGACCCGGAGCCCAACCGAUAGUUUUUACAGCCUUUCAAGUCUAAGUCUAUCGGAAAUACUCCAACACCACUACCAAUCAAAUAAUUCUACUCCAGACCCGCAUUCAGAGCCCAUAUCUUCUUCACCAUCCCUUAUACCUUUGGCAGUAGCAUCUGGCCAAUCUAAUAUUAUCUCUUUAAAAACAACCGUUACGGCCUCGCCAAAAUCAAGACAGCAAACUAGAGCCAGCUCAAAACACAUACUAGACAAUUCUGGAAAUAAUUCUAUACACAUACGCGACACUCGAACUAAUAGUAGACAUCUUUGUACCCUCGUAAUUGAGAUCAACAUGAUGAGGGCACAAAAAAUCGUGGGUCCAUUGCGGCCCAGACAUUGCCUUCCAAAGCGCAAAGACACAUUUGUAGCAAAUCGCCCGAGCCGGUUACGAGAAGAAUAA